AUGGCGAGCCACCCGGCCCUGGUGGCCACGGACGCGGACUUCCACCAGGAGCUGGAGACGGAGUGGCCGCGGAAGAUCGUGGAAUCGCUCACUACGCGAAGUCCUGCGCAUUCCUUCAGUCAUGAAACAAGGAUGGGCCCACAACCAAGGAGCCGGCCGACGACGCCCGGACCGGCCGACUACCGGCCCCGGGACCGGCCCGCGAGGCCCGUCUCGGCGCAGGGCCGAACGUUCGGCAUGGCGCCGCGCAUGGGCAACUUCUGCGCCUCCACCGAGUUCCCUGGCACGAAGGACGAGGAGUACUUCGUCCCGGACGCCAGCCUGAAGUAUGCGGCCCCGAGGCGCGCGGUGUUCGGCAAGUCCAGCAGGUUCGACACCGCCUCGGACCUCGAGACACAGAAAGCCUGCCCGCAGCAUAAGUUGCUGGACGAGAGUCCCGGCCUGCUGUACGAACCCAAGGACGAGUAUACAGGCGGCCGCGACCGACCCCGGUCCGCGGGGCCGGCCUACCGCUUUGCGCGCGACACGUGCGAGCGGUUCAAGACGAAGCCAGCGACCUCCCUGGACGACGCACCGCUCGGGCCCUCAGACUGUGCCCUGGGGAAGCAGUGGAACUCGAAGAGGAGGACGACGACUCGGGCCUCCUCCUUCAGCAGGGCCUCCCGCUUUCCGUCCAGCAAGGUCUACGCCACCGAGGGCGAGCUGACCGCCCAGUGCAAGCAGGUGCCCAAAUUCGGCGACUCUACGACCGGAGACAGGACGAUCAGCCGGAGGACGAUCUCCGCUCCGUUUGGGUCGUCCACCCGCGAGAAGAGCGCGAGGCGCAUCUCGUUAAGGGCGCCCAAGGCGGUCUUCAGUGGGCAGCAGACGUGGAAAUAUGCGUUCUCGGCCAGCUCCUGCUGCGCGAAGGUCGGUUCAGCAGCCCUGCCAGAGAAGCCCACGGAUCAAGGUGCGGGGGAGCCUAUUCCAGACGCGUCUAUCAUUGUGGCAGAUGCUGACAAGGCUUACGAGCAGUGUGACUCGGAGGCUGUUUCCAGGGCCUGGACGGACAUCUCCAAAGGCGCUAUGAUCGCGUUUGCUUGGCUGUCCAUCGUCACCGUAGGGGGCCUGGUCUACGAGAUGUGCAUGGACGACAGACGUUCUUGCCUCUUCGUUUACCUGAGGCUGGUUCACCCGCUGAAGCUAAGCCCCGCGUCCGAGUUGACUGACCAGUUUGUUGCUUGCGUUUGGUUGGAUGUCGAGCUGGUGAUGCAAGGCGCGGAGACGGCUGGCGCCACCAGUCUCCAGACGACCGCGACCGUGAUCGAGAGCGCGAUCGUGACCGCGGUCGGGACUGCCUGGCCGCGGUACCCUGGCCGCAGGGUGUUGACGCUGAGCGGCGCCUGGGAUUUUGCGUUCUUGGGCGACGUGGGCCACGAGGCGGCCGCCUCUGUGAGAGAGGAGUACUUCUGCCAGACGGCGGAGGUGCCCGACGCGUUCGACGCGCGCGAGUGGCUCUGCCCCGAGCGGUGCCACAGGUCGGACGGCAGGCCGUGCGCCAGCUGCUGCGAGGGCGGCCUCGGCGGCCCGGCCCCGGCGGGCGACCACCCCGCAGGGUGCUGGGGCGCCGGCCGGGCCCCCGAACGGUGCUGCGACGCAGUGGCGCUGGGCCGGCGGGGCGUCGCGGCGUACCGCACGUUCCGAGACAACCGCUUCAGCCCCGCGUGGCCCGUGCACCAAGCCUACUUCGACUGGUACCAGCCGGGAGGACUGCUGCGCCCGGUGGAGGGCCACGUCCUGCGCGACCGCGAGGCCUACGUGGCCGCCCUCGACGUGCUCCCGCAGCGCCCGCUCGGGCGGGUGACGGUGCGCCUCCGGUUGUCCGCCGGGUGCGCGGGCCAGGGGCUCACCGCAGCGGCCGCGUUCGACACCGCGGGGGGCGCCGUCGACGGCCCUGAGCGGGCCGUGGGCGGCGACGGCCUGGAGGAGGUCUGGUCUGCGAGGGUGCCGGACCCGAGGCCGUGGUCGCCAGGGUCCCCGGCGCUGCACACCUUGACAGUCAGCCUUCGGCGGCAAUUCGUGGAGCUUGACAGGGUCACUGUUCGCUUCGGCCUCCGCACCAUAGAGGCGAGGGAGGGCCGGGUGUGGCUGAAUGGGGAGGUCGUGGAGCUCCGUGGGGUGAAUCGGCACGAGUGGCACCCCUGGAAGGGCGGGAUCUUCCUCCCAGAAGAACAGCUGCAAGGCGACUUGGCCCUGCUGCGGGAGCUCGGGGCGAACUUCGUGCGCGGUAGCCACUACGCGCAGGAUCAGCGGUGGCUCGACCUGUGCGACGAGGCUGGCAUCCUGGUCUGGGAGGAGUCGCUCGGGUGGCAACCCAAGGCGCACCACCUGCAGGACCCUCUCUUCGUGGGGCAGCAGAUGGACUCGCUGGAGGAGAUGAUCAACGCCUCGGUAAACCAUCCGUCAGUGAUCUUCUGGGGCUUCCUCAACGAAGGAGAGGCGGACGUGCCCGAGGCCCGGCUGGCGUACCAGGCGCUGCGGGACAUGGCCAAAGAUUUGGACCCCACCCGCCUCGUCACAUGGGCGUCUAAGUGCAAGAUGAGCGACUUGACGCUGGACCUUGCCGACGUCAUCAGCUUCAACGACUACCCUGGCUGGUACGACGCCUCGGUGGAGGAGAUACCCUCCGUGUGGAGGCAGUACGUGGACUGGGCCCGCCUGCACCACGGUGGGAAGCCCGUGGUGGUGAGCGAGGUGGGCGGCGAUGGCCUCGCCAACUUCAGGAGCCGGGCGCAGGACAUGUGGUCCGAAGACCUGCAGGCGGCCAUCGUCAGGGCCUCCAUCGUUGCCGCCGCCUCGACCAGCUGCGCGGGUAUCGCGCUGUGGCAGCUCACCGACUCGCGCGUCGACGUGGCGCCUUUCCUCGAGGACAACCCCCGCGCCUCGCCCAUGGCCGGCGUGCCCGACGCCGACUGGGUGGAGGAGAUGGCCGUGCGCUUCCAGGGCGCCUCUCCGCCGUGUCCCCCUUCGGGCGGCACCUGGCGCUCCGGCCCCGGGGGCUCAACAGCAAGGGCCUCGUCUCCCUCGACCGGCGGCACCGCAAGCAGGCCUUCUGGGCCGCCGCGGAGCUCUUCCGGGGCGCUUGGCGCCCGCUGGGGAGCCCCCUCACCGCCUCCCUGGCCGCCGCGGCCCAGGGCUUGCACGGCGCCGCCGUGCGGCUGUUCGCCCCGCGGGGCCUGCAGGGCCGAGGCGCCUGCGCGGGCUGCUUCCUCGCGGUGCACACCUGGAACGCCGCCGACCGCGACGCCUCGGGCGGCCCGGGCCUCAGGCUGCACUGCCACGCCUCCGCCGCGCGCGCGUCGCUGUGGCUUCCUGAACCGGGCGGGCUGCUCCGCCUCAGCGGCCACGCGGACGGCCGACCGCCCGUGCCCGGCGGCUUCCUGGCCGCCGCCGGCUCCGGCGGCGCCGAGCACGCCGAG